AUGAAAUUAGCCUAUGUUUUACUCAUUUGUUUUCACCUUUGUUUAUUUAAAUUUUUCAUUGGCAAUAUAGAUUUUGCUAUUGGAAUUUUAGAUCAUAAAGGAGAAUGGAGACAAUCAGGACAUUUUCCUCGUGUAACUGUAUGUGAUUUUAAUUUUAAUGAAAAAAUUUUUGUGUUUUUCUUCUUUUGGCUUUGUUUUUUGCUUUGUUUAACUAUAUUUUCUAUUUGCUUGUGGAUUAGUAGAAUACAAACUCGAAGACGUUAUUUUCACAGACUUUUGAAUAUUUAUCAAAAUCGAAAAGGAUCCUCGACAUUAAAUCAAUUUUCUGAAGAUAAUGGGAAAACACCUUUAAUCUUCUCAAAUAUUCCGUUUAAAAAUAAUUCUGUUGAUUUGGACUAUGGUGGUGAUUUAAGAAUUGUUUUAGGGUUAAUUCAAGAUCAGACUGGACUACUGUUUUGUGCUCAUAUAUUUCAUGAAAUUUGUAAAGUUGUAAGUUUAUUUGUUUAG